UCCUCGCUGCAGCCUCCUGGGCCCUCCCGCCAGCCCCCGCUUCGGUGGGGCCCGCAGUGCUCCCUGGCGUGUCCGCCUCCGUCUCGGCGGCGCUCGGGCCUCCUCCCGCGGGCGUCCGCCCCCUGGGCCGUGGUUUCCUCUCCGCAUCCUCAGCCCAUUCCCGCGCCGCUUUCUCCUGGGAACGCGGCCUGGGCGCGACCGGCUCCCCUCGGCCACGCUGUGCCUCGUCUGCUGCUCAGCCUUCCUGCGUUUGCUCCGUGUGUGCAGCUCGGGCGCAGCCUCAUCUCUCCAGUUGCCUGCCUGGCUUUCCUGGAAAACUAUGCCAUUUCUGGGUCAGGACUGGAGAUCUCCUGGAUGGAGUUGGAUUAAAACAGAAGACGGCUGGAAGAGAUGUGAUUCCUGCAGUCGGGAACUUGGAAGGGAGAGUGACCAGUGUAACAUCAGUCACAACAUUAUGUUAAAUAGUGAAGAUGAAGAAAUAUUCAACGAGGAGGAGCAAGAAUAUGCAUCCAAAAAAAGGAAAAAGGACCAUUUUAGAAAUGACACAAAUGCUCAAAGUUUUUAUCGUGAAAAAUGGAUCUAUGUCCAUAAAGAAAGCACAAAAGAAAGGCAUGGCUAUUGUACCUUGGGAGAAGCCUUUAAUCGGUUGGACUUCUCAAGUGCAAUUCAGGAUAUCCGAAGAUUCAAUUAUGUGGUCAAACUACUGCAGCUAAUUGCCAAAUCGCAGCUAACGUCACUGAGUGGUGUGGCACAAAAGAAUUACUUCAACAUUUUGGAUAAAAUCGUUCAAAAGGUCCUCGAUGACCACCACAACCCCCGCCUGAUCAAAGAUCUGCUCCAAGACCUGAGCUCCACCCUCUGCAUCCUUAUCAGAGGGGUGGGGAAGUCGGUGCUGGUGGGCAACAUCAACAUUUGGAUUUGCCGCUUGGAAACUGUCCUCACCUGGCAGCAGCAGCUGCAGAAUCUGCAGAUGAGCAAGCAGGUGGACGGUAGGCUGACGCUGAGUGACCUUCCCCUGCACAUGCUGAACAACAUCCUGUACCGCUUCUCGGACGGCUGGGACAUCGUCACCCUGGGCCAGGUGACCCCCACGCUGUACAUGCUCAGCGAGGACAGGCAGCUGUGGAAGAGGCUGUGUCAGUACCACUUCGCUGAAAAGCAGUUUUGUAGACAUUUGAUCCUUUCAGAAAAAGGCCAUAUCGAAUGGAAGCUGAUGUAUUUUGCACUUCAGAAAUGCUACCCAACGAAAGAGCAGUACGGGGACACUUUGCACUUUUGUCGGCACUGCAGCAUCCUCUUUUGGAAGGACUCGGGACACCCCUGCACCGCGGCCGACCCCGACAGCUGCUUCACGCCGGUGUCCCCGCAGCACUUCAUCGACCUCUUCAAGUUCUGAGGCUGCCCCUGCGCCUGCCGUCGCCUGCCGUCCCCCGGGGCCGUCCCGGUCCUGUGGGGGCUCCUCGUGCACUCUGGGCUGGUGGGGGGGGCAUGGUUGUGCGCGUGCGUCUCUGGGGGUCCGGCCCACAGAAUCAUUUCUACUUCGGUCUGUAAAAACUUUUCUUCUGAGCAGAUUAGGAUUUUUUCUGAGCAGUUUUUCAUAUUUGUAUAUAUGGUUCAAAGAUGAUUUUGGAUUUUCAACCCCCCAUUCCGUGCAGAACUGACGCAGACGGCCUUCCAGAACCUGCUGCUCCAUUGUCGAAUUAUAGUUUCCCCAUUUUAUAGUAAUCGGAGUGGGGGACUAGACAGUUGAUCCUUGUAAAUACAUUGUGCAGAAUAUUUAUUUUUUCUUAAAACGUAUUUUAACUGCAUUGGCUGUGCCCAAGUGAGUCCUCUUUGAAUACAAAACGAAUGUAGGGAAGUGCUGGCAGGUUCCGACUGGCGGCGGGGGCAGCUGUGAACCGUGUGCUGUGCCCGACGCGGGUCGGACAAGGCCGGGCAGGGCCCUCACGCCUGCACUGUGCCGUACCCACGCAGACGGGCGGGUGCCCCGACGGAGCCGGGAGCAGCCCCCGCGGUCUACACGCCCUUCGCAGACAGGAGUAAGUCACAUUUACCCCAUUUACCUUUGUCAGUUUUGCAGCUUACUGGAAAACAUAGUGAUUUUGAUUUCAUUCAAGUCUUUAAAAGAUUGUUUUAAAAUAAUGCAUGUUCACUUUAGAAAAUUUUGAAAAUAAAGGUCUAUGAAAGAAAACAAAAGUCACCCCCAGUGUUACUGCCCGGGGGUUACCGGGCAGGCUGAGAAGAGCGGGCCACACCGGCUCGGCACCCCGGGGGGAAAUGUGCAUUUUCAGUGUGGUCGGGUCAAGGGACCCAAGCCAAUCAUUUCCACUUCCUUUACAUUUUUUUCUUCUGAGUGUAUUAAAAUUUGUAAUUUUAUAUAUUAAUAAAUGCAAAUCAGAGAUUUUCAUUUUUCAGCACCACAUUCUGUGCCGAACUGACAGGAACGGCUGAGAACCCGCUGCCGCUUUGUCAGCUGAGUUUGCCCACAGCACGGUGCCGGGGCUGCCCUGCCGGACAGGGGAGUAAGAGUUUCCGUGAAACCCCAAACGUGCCACGUGCCGUCUUCAUUUCAUAACCAGCCCGCUUUUUAGAGGCAUUUACCUGUAUCUUCAAUAUUUAUUUGGAAAUACAGUUUCUGUUGG